UGGCCCCGCGGAGCCGGCGCGCUCCCGCCUGCAGGGGGAGGGCGGACGGGGCGCGGGGACCGGCCAGGCCGCGGCGGGCGCUGUUUCUCUUUCACUUUCCUUCCCUCUGAGGCCGGCGCGCUGGCGGGCGAGGAGCGGCGGCGGUGGCGGCGGCGGCCGCGGGAUAUGGGAAAACAGAGCCACCAAAAGGAGUGAUGACCAGCGAUCCCAUGGUGAAUCUGGAUGUUAGUUCUCAUGCCUCAGGACAUCCAGUUGGGAACUCCACGCCAGCUCCUGGGAUUGGACUUCAUCCACUUACUACCCCUCUUUGCCUGAACUACUAAAACCAGUCCUAGCUAACCACGAAUGGCUACCCAAAGGAAACACUUGGUGAAAGAUUUCAAUCCUUACAUCACCUGCUACAUCUGUAAAGGGUACCUGAUCAAGCCAACUACAGUGACAGAAUGCCUCCACACCUUCUGUAAGACUUGUAUUGUCCAGCACUUUGAAGACAGCAAUGAUUGUCCAAGGUGUGGCAACCAAGUGCAUGAGACAAAUCCGUUAGAAAUGCUGAGGUUGGAUAAUACAUUAGAGGAAAUUAUAUUUAAGCUGGUCCCUGGACUGCGAGAACAAGAACUUGAGCGUGAAUCUGAAUUUUGGAAGAAAAAUAAGCCUCAAGAAAAUGGACAAGAUGAUACUUCAAAAGUUGACAAACCUAAAGUAGAUGAAGAAGGUGAUGAAAAUCAAGAUGAUAAAGACUAUCACAGAAGUGACCCACAAAUUGCUAUAUGUCUAGAUUGUUUACGAAAUAAUGGACAGUCGGGAGACAAUGUAGUAAAGGGUUUAAUGAAGAAAUUCAUUCGAUGUUCUACACGUGUAACUGUGGGAACUAUUAAAAAAUUUUUAAGUUUAAAACUAAAACUUCCAAGUUCUUAUGAGUUGGAUGUGCUGUGCAAUGGUGAAAUUAUGGGGAAGGAUCACACCAUGGAAUUCAUCUACAUGACAAGAUGGCGACUAAGAGGCGAAAACUUUCGGUGUCUGAACUGCUCAGCUUCGCAAGUCUGCUCUCAGGAUGGCCCUUUGUAUCAGUCCUACCCCAUGGUAUUGCAGUAUCGACCAAGAAUUGAUUUCGGUUAGACCAAGGGGCCUAGAUCCCACGGAGAUGACUCCUGCACUCUUUGUUUACUCAUCAGCAGAUCGCACAGGGAACGGUGUGUGGACGAGAGGGACACAACCAGACUUUCAGCAUGCAAAUAAGGCCACUGUCUGUCUCUAAAUUGUUAGUUGCAUUUAUGUUGUUUCUAUUAAGAGUGAACCAAGUGCCAUUCUGCUCCUGACCCCCCGCAUACGGCAUUUGUGCUGCCUCCCAGCGUGGACAUCAGCCACGGUUGCUGUCAGCUAAGUGUGCAGCUGCGAGUCAGCCUCCCGAAUACUUUGCUUGCCGGUUCCCAGACUGUUCUGAUGUUUGAUUACACUAGUAAUAGGACUCAAUCUGUGUGGUGUUGCAGUUUUCACGUACUUAAUAUUUUAUUAACUUUUGUUUAAAUAGAGUACUGUACAAGAAAUAAUUAUUAUACCUUGAAGUUAUUUUGUAUGGAAAAGUAUUUAGAAGAGUGGUUUUUGAGCCACGGUCCUAUUCUAAGCUUUUUCUGUGUGAAAUAGUUCACUCUUGAAUGUGCAAGACUUUGGGGGAAGAAUUCCACUUAUUCUCAUCAUCAGAGCACAUUGUAAUUGUAGACAUUUUAAGUCCUCCAGCUGUGGGGUCUACCACUGCACAGGGAGGCACGGUAGCCCUCCAGAUUGAAAACGUGUGUGACCUGGUGGACAGCCACAGUCCGAUCCAGAACCAUUGGAAAUACUGCAGCUGGUCACACUGACUUCUGACAAAAUUACUGCAUCAGCAAGGUCAGUCUUUCGUGAUGCCUUAUGACGAGCAGGUGCUGCUUCGUGAACCAUCACUGUGUAGCCCGUUCUACGUGUGCGUCCUUCUGUCGUGGCUCUCAUUUAAUGAGUGUAACGUCUCUUUUUAAGUUGGCCUUAGGUGUGUGUCAUUGUGGCAUGCAGAGGGUUAUGAUGAUUUUAAAUAUUAGGAUUUUUAGGGCAGAUAAUAUUAGCUAUUUUAUGGAUUUUAGAAGUCUCAAGCAAUUAUAAAUUAAAACUGUUACCCAUCGCAUCUCCAAACCACAUGCGUCUAAUAGAGUAACUGCAGUGUAGUAGGUGAACACGCUAACCAAGAUUAAUGAUUUGAGACGAUUCCAUUUUAAAGCAGGGGUAAAUGGGAUUCUUGUUUUGUACAUAAAUUCAUUAAGGUCAGAGCUGGGAUUCUGCAGUUCGGUUAAGUCUUCCAUUCAUUCUGAGAUUAGUCUGCAAGUCAGAGAAAGUCUCAUUACCUUAAGUUAUAUGAAGAACUUUGUUUUAAAAACUUACAAUUGUUUUCAAAAAAAAAUUUCUUUCGAAGUUUUAUUAAUUGCCUCAAAAUAAGCUAACCUCUGAAACUUAGGAAGAGUCUUCAAAGUUGGGAAACCUGUUUGAGAGAUCUGACAUGAGCACAAUCCGUGUGUUACACACGUGGUUUUAUACUGUAUACAUUGUAGACACGCUACAGUUUCCAAUAAGAUGUAUCACAGACCAAUGCCUUCUGAAUCUCAAAAUGCUUUUUAGGAAUGAAACAUCGUACAAAUCUAAAAACACAAAAUACAGCUAAAUCUUGAUGCAUUUCACCAUAUGAAAAGCUGAAACUUCCUAAUUAUGUUUUCCAUAUGUCCUUGUUUCAAGUCAGAAAGUCUCUAUUAAAGAUUUCUGUUGUUUUUGUUUGGACUUUUGUGAAAAAGGUUACAGCAGUGCUUUCUUAAUUUCAUUUUGUUAGACUGUGUCUGUACCUGGAAGGACUCAGAAGCAGAGCUUUUUAAAAGGCAGAUUUUUGUUAACUCUUUAAAAAUGGUUAGAACAGACCAUUGCACUCAACCAAAACCAGAAUCUGCUCUCUACCUACAGAAAUAAUUUUACUGUGCUGUGAAAUCCAAUUCCCUGCCAUCCCGGAGAAAUUUUAAUAUUAUAAAUUUGUCACAUCUAGGUCAGUGAUUCAAGUAGUGUUUUACAUAUGGAAGUUAAGUCAAAAUGAAUUGAGAGUGCAUUUUAAAAUAAAACCGCAAAGGAGACCUGCGUGUUUUUGAGUCCCCAGCCAAAGCGUAGAGCCUUCAGUGAGUUUUAUAUAUACAUGAGCUCUCUAAAUGGGGCCUGUUGCUGCCUCAUCACAUGUCAUUUUACUGUUUUCCAAGGAAAUAUAUAGGAAUUAUGGAUUUGGGAAUAAUUUUAUGUAAAAUUCCUUUAUUCAUCGUUCACAUGUUAACACCUUAAUGGAAAUGCAGUGGAAUAUGUGCCAAAACAUGUGAAAGGAAACCGUACGUGAAGAAGGGAUCAGCUAGCAUUUAGGGAAGUGUACCGUUUAGCACGGUCCUGAGUGAUCGGCGUCACUAUUCAGAACCACGGACUUCUUCAGCCGACCUCCUGUGGUAUAUUCAACGAUCAUUUCCUAAGUAUGGGACUACUUUCAUGUCUAAGCAAUACACUAAUUACUCCCUAGGUCAGCUUGUGGAAUUUGCAAGAAACCAGAUGCAGGAAAAAUAUAAAGGCGACUUUUGCAGUUAGUUUUAUCAACUUAGGGUGCUAAUAAAGCUCUUUAUAUAAAUAAGCUGUAGGAAUCACCCUCUGAAUCUGCAAAAUUGGAGAAUAAAACGAAAUUAAAUUUGUUUAAACCUGUUGUUGCUUAUGCAAGAAACUGAAAGAACUUUACCUUCCAUAAAGGUAACUGGUUUUCUUUGCCUUAGAUAUCAAAGAUGGAAGAGGGUAAGGAAGCUUCGAUAUAAAGAAGGACUGUGGUCCAUUAGUACCACUAUCAUUGAAGUAAUCACAUCAGUUAAUAGAAAAAUCAGAAUAUGGCCUUUUCUCUAGAUGAGCAGAAUACUUUUAAGAGGUAUAAAAAAUAAACUAAAAGUUUCACUGAUGAGGUAAGAUAAGGUCAUUCAGUCUGGGGUGUGGGCACUCUGGGUAAAGUCUUUUAACCGCUUUUAGAAAAAUGGAACAUUUCUUUAUUCACUGAACAUCUGUCCCAUACUAAUAGGCGACAUUUUAUCAAUGUAAUGAGUUUGCUCAGCUGUAUUUGUACACUAAAAUGAAAUCUAAAUUUAAGUGAUUCUUGACGAGGGAAAAGUGUGUUAUAUAAUAUUGUCAACUCUUUAGCUUUAGUGAAAUAUUUAAGAGAAAGUGCCUCGUUGCUAAAGUGCAUUUCUUUUAGAUUCGCUGUCUAAGUUUUGAGCUACCUGUUCCUGCCUCUUAUGAAUGGCUUUAUAUCCAAAUAGGCACUCAUAAGUUAAUCGCUUUUUCAAAGAUUUUCAUAAGAAGUAGAGAUCACCAAAGACAUUCUACUGUUAAUUAACAAUCAUGCUAGAGAGACCAUUUUAACAUUUGGAGGUUGGAAUUUUUUUAGGUCGCAAUUUCAGUUUAUAUAGUUAGGCAAUAACCUUAAGUAACUGCUAAAAUAUCACCAAAGAAAGGCUUUAAACUGAUUUUUGUGGUGAGAUCAAUCAAAUGUAGGUUUUUCUUGGAAUAAUCAGAGCACACUCCCUCUCCAACAAUGUCCCUUGUUUUUCCAGCACCAUCUGGCAGGGCUUAGGAAACCCUCAAAGGUGAGAAAGAGAUAAACACCACAGUUAGCUCCCCACACAUGCAAGGGGAGGAAUGCAUCCUUUGAAGAGAAUAUUGAAAUUGAGAUUUUAAGUUCUAAUUUGAGAAGCUCUCUAAUUCAUUUAUGGAGGCCAUAUAAACUAAACUUAGGCUUUAUUAAGUUCCGGGGUUCAUAGUAAUAGGAGAAAUUUCAUGACAGACUUUGGUAAAAGUGCUGACAUGCUUACUUAUAUAGAACAUAGUACAUUCUAUUGGACUUAACUAAGUAAAUGCUUUUUUUGGUAUUCAAAAGGAAAGUUUUCAUAAAGGCCAAUUUUUUUUUCUUUAAAAAGUUAACUCUUUGUCUUGUUUCUCAGUGAUUAUUGUGAUUAGAAUUUAGCCAUACAGUCAAAUUUGGCAAAACGGGUCCCAGAUCAAGAGCAUAUACAUCAGGUUAAGCACUGCCCGUCCACCGUUCUCCCUGGGAGCUUAGGCUUUGGCCACCAUGAAGGUCAAACUCACGUCAUGCAGCCUGAUGGGCCACUGGGUCAACCUCCUUGGAUCCACUCUGCUACAUAUUCUGGUUUAUCAUAAGGAAUCUUCCCUCAGGCUAAGCUUUAUACCAGUAAGAGGUUGGUUGUAGGAAUUGCAAAAAUGAAUCCCUUUGCCAUAACUUUAAUCUUUUGGAUUAGAAGAAAACCGUGAAAAUGUUCUCAUACUAUACAACAUAGAUCCUUACAGUAAGGAAUGUAACAUGCCUGCCAGAUCUGAUCUAUGGAAAAAAAAAAUAAAAAAAUAAUAUAUAUAGUAGAGACUCAGAAACCCUUUGAAAGCACAAAAACACCAUCCAGUUCUGGAUUUACUUUACACCUAGUUCUGUAGUAUUUUGAUGGAAAAACAUCAGAGUAAAAGGUCAUUAAAAUGUACUUCUACAUUACAAGGUUUUUAUGGUUUUCUUUUCCCUAAAACAGAGUUAUUUUCCCAGUAAUUUAAAAUGAUUCUCUUCCCAGGGUCAUGUAACCUUCACAAAAAGUAUAUUUACUCAGUCUCCUUACACUGUCUUUGCAAAUAGAACUAAAAUGCUUCAGCACUUCCUUUUCAGAAAGUUAUGAAAUUAAACUUUAAUUUAUUUUAAAUGCUCAAAUAUGUAUACUCAUUAUGCCCCUUUUUCUAGGAUUCAGUACUGAGACAUUGUUCAGAAAUGCCUUUUAACUGUCUACAAAUAUAGAAUCAAGUGAAAGAGAUCUGUGAAAAUACCGAGUCUAGUUUUCUCCCAUCUUUCAGAGCUUCAUGGAAUAAGAAACUAAUCUAGUACAAACGAAGAGUAAAUAUUUCUGGGCACAUUGUACAGUCAUCAGAUCGUCUACCCCUAGCCUGCACCUCAGUCCACUGGGGCAGAAGUUCCACACAUCAGAAAUGUAAUGGGAUCAGCCUCACAUUUGGGGGGGUUGGUUUUCUUUUGCUGUAUUUUUUAGAAUGGGGAUGGGGGCCUAAGUGUCCUUACGAAGCUGCGGCCCACGACGAGAGCUCGGGGGAGAGCGCCAGCCCUCCGCUGCCUUCCUGCACUUGGCGGCAACAGCACGCACCCGCUUGUGAUAGUGCAGCCCUCCCGUCAGGCAGGGCCGUCACAGGAUAUACUGUACAGUUCUGUUGCUAAUUUUCCUUUGAAAUAUAAAAUAUUUUAAGCUUUUUUUGUCAAAAGUGGUAACAUCUUAAUACAAAUAAAAACCUUUUUGUGGUUGUAAGAUUUAGCUUAUGAAUCAUUCAAAUUGAAGUGAAAGAUUACCAGGUCAUUGUUAAUGACUUCGUCUAUUAAGAAUAUAUGUAUUUUUGUAAAGGAAAAGCACUUGUAGAUAUUUAAUCAGUACAAGAUAUAUGUCUGUUUUGCAGAAAUAAAAUGCUGCUUAGAGAUUCUCUUUAAAUAUUUUUUAUUUUUGUGCUCAAAUGUAUUUUCUGUUGAUCUAUGGGAUGUUCUGUAUAAAGCUGUAUGGUUGUACUGUUGGGCUAGAUUCUUUUGUUUUUUAAAAUCUGGACUUAGCCAAGUAUAUUUGACCAUGUUAAAAAUAGUAUCUUUGUUAUUAAAAUUUUGAUUGCAUAAUU